AAAAGUAACUUAAAUUUCCGUCUUACAAUUUCUCUUAUAAUAGUAUUAGAUGCACUUGUUUUGGUGAUAGUAGUACACGAUUAUAACUAAAGCAGAUAAAAGAAAAAUCGUUUAUAUAAUAUUGUCUAAGAAAGGCGUACAUUUUUGUGAAUAUUGGAAAAGAUAUCACUUGUUAUUAUUCGGCCGAGGAAUACUAGAGUGAAUCACCUCGUCUCUCUCUCGAUGAAUGCAAUAUGGACAGUUAUUAUGUUUUGUUUUUAUAAUUAUUUCUGCUUGCAACAUUGUUUCUGCUUGCACAUUUAUUUGACUCGAAAUUGUCGUGUUUAUUUUUUAUUUUUUUUUCAGGACAGGCUUUUGGUUUUAGGUUAGUUUUAUUGUUGUUAUUUUGUCGAGAAAUUCAUCGAUCCAGUUCACUCCUCAACGGAUGUAUGUAGAUAAGUGGUGAUGUUCUCGGACCCUGGGCAAACUUUGGGCAGAUAUGUCUUGACUGGGUUAUCAGACGUUCGUCGCGAGGGUGUGCGGUAUCACUAUCAAUAUACUCCCGGGGUUAUCGUCUUCGCUUUCAUCGAGAAUGUCAUCCAUCAUCACUCUCAACCUUUUGGAGUGAAGGUUGAUUUCUACCUCGUAUUUUUAUCAAAGUUCUGGUUAUCGCCGAAGGCUGGUUUUAUAGACCCUGUGUACGGUUCACGCCUUGUUAGAAGCAUAUUUAGGAGUGAAGGUUGAUUUUUACCUCGUAUUAUUAUCAAAUGUCUGGUUAUCGCUGAAGGCUGGUUAAAUAGACCCUGUGUACGGUUCACGCCUUGUUAGAAGCAAAUUUAGGAGUGAAGGUUGAUUUUUACCUCGUAUUAUUAUCAAAGUUCUGGUUAUCGCUGAAGGCUGGUUAAAUAGACCCUGUGUACGGUUCACGCCUUGUUAGAAACAUAUUUAGGAGUGGAGGUUGAUUUUUACCUCGUAUUAUUAUUAUCAAAGUUCUGGUUAUCGCUGAAGGCUGGUUAAAUAGACCCUGUGUACGGUUCACGCCUUGUUAGAAGCAUAUUUAGGCAGAUUUCUGUUUUUAUAUGGCUCCUUAAUCUCAUGCACCUUUUCCAAGCAGUUAUGAGCCUACACUGCCGAUCUGUGUAUCUUAUCAAACUGGCUUUUUUUUUUAUUUAAUUUCAAGUGCUGCCCCAAUAGUUGAACGUUUUGUAUUGUUUUAAUCAUGACUCGCUCUCUUUUUUUUACCUGGGGAUUCCAGAUUUAUCUAGCUAAAUUGAAAUGGACCUGAAACCAACUUCAGCCAAUAGCCACAUUUAUCUGUCAUUGUCUUCAAAAUAAUAUAUAAUGCUUAAAUCGACAAAUAUACCCUCAUUGCUGUUCUUCAAUUUCUCCAAGUUGGAGUCAUUUAUUUGAAGUUAGAAAUCCCACUCAUGAUUCCUACAGCUUUUAUAAAGAAGCUUCCAAACAAUGACUAAGCGUUUUAAGCCUAUCGCAAUUGAUUUCUUAAUUUUGGUGAUGAAAAUUAUGGAUAUAACUGGAAAUUUCAAAUCCAAGACACUACUAUAAAGCCAUUGACUAAUAGCAAUAUCGUGGAGAAAUGUUUGUGUUUCGCGAUCUAGCAUUUAAAACAAAAUCUAGCAACCUUAAAAACGUUCUUAAGUAUAUAUGAACAAACUGAUUCAGCAAUAUUAUUAUUGUUAUUAUUAUUAUUAUUAUUAUCAUCAUCAUAUAGGGAAGAGUGUUUCGAUAAAAAUAACUAUAGUGUAAUUACAAGAUGACGAAGGUAGUCCCGAGUUAACCUUUAAUCGUUAAAUAACAUUGUACCAUCUUUUACACAAUAAACAAACUGACUUAGCUAUUCUAAUGCACUAUUAUCUUUGAAAAGUAUUUGUGCUUUUAUACAGUAGCUGUAAUAAUCAGAAACUGUUGAAAUCAUGACUGUAGGGGGCGUGUAGGAACCUUGUAACUUGCCUCCUAAUGAGGUUAUCAUUGUUUGACAAGAUACUGUCUAAUGAUUGCUCAAAUUAGCUUGGAUCGCUACACAAAGCAUCUCGCCCAACUGGGACGAUAAACAGAUAAGGGUUCACAAUAGCCAAAUGCCUUCCACAGCCUCAACCCCAGUAAAGAAAACAAAAGCCUUUCUCUCCUUUCACCGUAACACAAAUGCUUCAAAUACUCGCUUUGUUCGGAAUCAAAGCCGCCAUGAUCUCAUGUCAAUAUUAUUGCUGGCGAUAUGUGUCAUUACGUGAGACUGCAUUCCUUGUGAUCCUGCGAUGGUUAGGGUGCCGAGAGGAAGAGUACAGUAGUUCGACUUUUAAUCCGUUUAUAUAGUCGUGAUAACGUGGGCGGAGUUGAUAACGCGUGAGGGUAAAAAUCCCUUUGCCGUCCGUCGCCACUAGGCUCGCAUAUCGGCUAAUCAAUUAGAAUGCUGCGUGAAAGCGCGGUUCGUAGGUGCGGGAUCCAGCACAUUGUUCGCAUUUAAAUCUUAACUAUCUCGCGCGCCACCCACGACCCACGCGAACAAUGCUUGGAAUCAGGCAUGUGAAAUGUGACACAUCUGACAGCGGAUAAACACAGCACAAUACAAACUGAUCGGGCCCCAAGGCGCUUUGGGUCUUGUCAUAGCGCUGGUAUGCGACAUGUGCAGCUAUUCGACUGUCACAGAGCCCUGUGUUUACUUAACAAACAAGCAGUCUAGAAACUGACUGGGUACGACGCACAAUUCCUUACUAUAUUUCUCUUCGCCACGUGCAACAUCCACCGACAAUUCUAGAGUAAUUGACUGUCAUUGUCACAUGAAAGGCUCUGACAGAACUCGUUUAUAACCUGACAGCCUAACUGUCGCUCUUUCGAUCAUGCAUUCGAUUUGCCGUGUGAUGAACCGUUCGAUUUCGAUCGCUAAGCACUGAUUACGCGCCCGGCGCCGUUAAACCUUGUUGCUGUGGUCUUCGGUUCAUGUGGACAUUGGCGAUCUUGUGCACCAUCCAAAUGUGGAUGGAAGCUUCGAUCGAAGGUUUGGUUCUUGAUCAACUGUUCCUUCACCCUCCACACCUGCGCCUAGCUGCUAAUCUCGAAUCUAAAGGGUCUGACACUUCACUGAAAGGUGCUCACCCAAUGACAAUCCCCUCACAACACAACAGGCGCCAAUUUGUGAAAUUGUCGGUUUGCCUCCUGACCAAUAAACACGCGCUUGUUGACAGCCCGAGUCACGUGACCAGGCCAGACGACCAACCACCAAUAAUAAAGGUUUCACAAGAGGGUUCGGAAUUUUGAAGUGUCCGCUUCGUCAGCUGGUGUGUGGGUCUCGGGCUGUAAUCCCUCGCUGACGAUAACGCAGUUAGCUGUUGUUACGGGACCCAGGAUGGGCGAUCAUCACACGAGCAAAAAGAAGCGGCGUGUGUCCAUGUGUGUCGGCUGUGGAUCUCAAAUUCACGAUCAGUACAUCUUGAGGGUCGCGCCAGACCUUGAGUGGCAUGCAAGUUGUCUAAAGUGUGCGGACUGUCAUAUGUAUCUCGACGAGAAAUGUACCUGCUUCGUGCGUGAAGGGAAGACGUACUGCAAGCGAGACUACGUACGGUUAUUCGGGACCAAGUGUGCGAAAUGCUCGCUGAACUUCAGCAAGAACGAUUUCGUUAUGCGAGCGAGAAAUAAAAUCUACCACAUCGAUUGCUUUCGUUGCGUUGCGUGCAGCAGACAGCUUGUGCCGGGGGACGAGUUCGCUCUUCGCGAAGAUGGACUAUUCUGUAAGGCCGAUCACGAAAUUGUAGAGAAAGCGACGGCGACGGCUCAGGCAACUCACGUACGGAACAACGGCCAGCGUUCUUCUCAGUCAGGGGGGCAAACUAAUGGGCAGACGACGCCGGAUUCGACUCCAAGUAAAAGGAAAACUGAUCGGCCGACAAGGGUUCGAACUGUGCUAAAUGAAAAGCAGCUUCAUACGCUAAGGACUUGUUACAAUGCGAACCCCCGGCCGGACGCCAUGAUGAAAGAACAACUAGUGGAAAUGACGGGUCUGAGUCCGCGAGUCAUAAGAGUCUGGUUUCAAAACAAGCGUUGCAAGGAUAAGAAAAAGGCAAAUAUAAUUCUUAAGUCACAGCCCCCUUCCAGCCAGUGCAGCUCAGAUGAUCUCCAGAACCCUAAUAGUCUUUCGCCCACCGGAGCGCCACCUAGAACUCUACCACAGCAAACAUUACCAGCUAUUUCGGGUGUUCCGUAUGGAAACUCGGGAUCGAUGAGGCCCGAUGCUAUGUCUGAUAUGUCAGGUUACCAACCAUGGAAAGCGCUAAAUGAUUUCGCGAUGCAUAGCGAGAUGGACCAAGGCGCAUUUCAGCAAUUGGUUCACUUCUCAGAGCAAGCACCGGGGAGUUUACCGCCCUCCUCUGAUGGGAUAGUAUCGACGGGAAAUUAAUCCAUAGCAAUCUAGAUCUUAUUUAUCUUAUUCUUAUUUGGAAAUCGAUGGACUGUACUAUUAGGCAAUCAAAUUCAAAGUCGUUUCGGAAUAUAUCGAGAACAGUAUUUUGAAAUUUUACAAAGAAAAAUGGCGCGCGCGCAAAUGAAUACAAAAUGAGAGGACAGGCGUACUUGCGUUUGAAGAAAUCUAUGCAAUACAUGUAUAUAGUCUAUUGUAUCACCCAUAUCGUCUUAACAUAUUGAUAUCUAUAAGAUUAAACAUGUCUUUUUAUUAAAGUCAUAUUUCAAGGCA